AUGGAGCCCCACAGCUACGCCGGGCGCUGGCGCCGCUGCACGGCCGCGACCAACGCGGUCCUCGAGUGGCUGCACCGGGCGACCAAGCCCAAGAGUAAGAACGCUACGAAGAAGGUCAAGAAGAAGGGCGCACGGUCGGCCGACACGGCUGCAUGGACGAUGGCGCAGAUCUACGCGGCUGCGCUCGAGGUCGUCGACGCCGGCACGACCGUGCCAUCGAGCAUCCUGCGCGACCUCAUGGUCGUCAUUCGCCUCCGGUUUGACGCGUAUAUCAAGCUACCGGCCGACCAGCGCGAUGGCCAUGGCGCCUACGUCGAUGUGCUCCGCGCCGUCUUGAUAAAGUGGCUGCCGAUCACGGACGACCUCAAGACGCUGGUAGGGCCCUUAAAGGACAUGCGCACGGGCCGCCGGGACCGCGACGACGUGGGCCAGCGCGACUACUUUCCGCCGUUCGACGUCGACGCGUUUCCAUUGCCAGUCGACGACCAGGACCCGCGCCUCGCGAGCCUCGACGCGCAGCGCCGCGAGAUGCAAUUCGCGUGCAUGUGCUUCGUCUUGGACAUGGCCGAUCUCAUGCACGAUGCCAAGCUCGGCUGGAUCAUGCACAAGGAGUCGGCCAUGUGCGCGAGCGUGCCCGCGGCGAUUACCAACGCCGGCGUCUACGCCGUCGAAGUGCUCCAUACCGAGCUGCGCGAGGUGUACCCACACCUCUCGGAUGUGGAAGCGAUCAUGGCCACGCUGCGCUGCGGCCGCUUCAUCGUCGAGAUAGUCUGUAGCCACAACGUGUCGGUCGACAAGGCAGCGGGCAUGCUCAUGGUCGCUCGCCGCGCGGCCAUCGAGCGCCUCAAACCGCUCUCGAUCCAAGUCAUGACAAAGGCGUUGUCGACCUCAGGCGACGACGACUGGAACAUGGACUGGACGACGACGCUCGGCAAAGGCGACGGCAUCACCGCGCUCCAUGCGUACCUCAAGACGUUCAUCGUGCAUGCGCUCCGUGAACCUGGGACGCGCGCGGUCACGUACCCGGAUACGUUUGGCCCGCCGUGGGUCGAAGGCGACUCGGUGCUGCGGUGCACGACGGAUUUGUACCAGUCGUUUUUUGCCGACGUCCUGCCGCCACUGCUCCUCGACGCCAAAGCCGGUUUUAUGCCCAACGGCCUUGUGUACGACAACGAGCUGGCGCCGCUGCGACGGCUCUUGACAGUCUACGUGCAGACGCAGCAACUUCCGGUGAGCUUGGGCUUUGCGUGCCAAGCGAUGCUCUGGAGUCUCUUCUACACGACGCAAGGCCGGUCGAGCGUCGGGAUCAAUGUCGCCCGUCUCGCCACCAAGGUCUUUAGUGCGAUGGAGCAAGAUCGCGCGUGGUACAACCCGUACAUGGCAACCGGUCAAAUGAUGCUGCUCAUGCGUCUCGAGAUGGGCUACGUUCUCGGUCUUUCGACGAUGGACGACAUUGGCCAGACACACAUGCUACUGCACCUCUACCAUGCGCUCUAUCGUCGCGGCAAAAUCGCCGUGAGCACCGAGAUGGAGAUGCUUGCCACGGCGUUCCCGCAAGUGUUUGUUGAUGGUCGCCCAGCCGCAGAUUUCGCAUCGGCCCACUUGCGGUCGUAUGGCUGGGAUGCCGCGACGGCCGCCCAGCUGCUUGGCGACGACAUGGAUACGGUCACGGCAUCGGUCGACGGCGUGCAGUUGUCGACGUCCAAGAAGAGCAAGAAGCCACGGUCGCUGCCGUCGUUGGCGUCGAUGCCAAAAACGAUGGCGUGCGAGCGCGUGACGCGGCUCGAGUUGCCAAGUGGCAACUUUGCCGACGACUACACCGACUGGAUGCGGACGCUCCGGGAUGAGAUCGAAGGGAUUCAUGCGCUCCACCUGCCGGUCCUCGGUCAGCUCUUUCGCGACGCGUGGAUGGAGAUGGCCACCGCGCUCGGCUUCCACGGUACCGCCCCGCUCGAUCGGUCGCGCGAUGUACGCAAUGCAGUGCGCUUUGCCAACGAGAACCGCUGCGUGCAGACGCUGCUUGCACUCUGCGACCGGUCGCCCGACGACCCGCGGCUGCUGGUCGCCGCGACGGCGGUCGAGAAGCUCGUGCAGCGCAUGCCGGAAGCGCGCAUCGUGAAUGGGCGCUAA